UGCAAUUGCGGCCCAACGUCUCCGUUGUGUUCUCUCCGACUUUUUAAACUUUUAUUAGUUACUCCGGAGUCAUCGUGGUAUUGGAAUCGUGUUAAGGCAAUUUUGAUUGGCGCACUGAGAGAAGCUGGGGACUUUGGAAUGCUCAGAAAAUGGACAGCACUGACCUCACGAACUUGGAUUUAAACAGCACAGAUGAUCGUGCAUGGUCAGGAUGUGUUGUGCUGUUUCUGCAAUGUUGCAGUCAAGUACAUAAUCUAGUCACCAUCUACAAAGAUCAACAGGGAAAGUUCAGCAUUUUCAAGGCCAUCAAACUGACUCUUUCAGAUGUUACAGGUGGGCUAGACGGUUAUGAAAUCCUAAAACUACAUGAUGCUGAUCCCUCUCUGGGUGUGGAAAUCAAGUUUAUGGACAUCACUCCUUGUAAGCGCUUUCUGGACAGCUACUCCUGUGGCUCACUUCUUCAGUCUUUGUCUCAGCAUACCUCCCGUUUGCUGACCCUUCCUGAUAAUGUUGCAUUGGAAGCCAUGCUUAAGGCUGGGUCACAUAACCUGGACAACAACCUUCAAGACCCAGAACUCUGUCUACAACAUGUAUACCAGUCCCAGCCCGUGCGUUUGCGUGAUGAUGAGGUCACACAGCUUGAGCAACAGCUUCAGAAUAGCUAUGCACCAUCUAGUCAGACACCACAAGAAGUGCCAGUAAACUGCUUCCUCUUCCAAAAACGUUUGUUCAAUGACAGGCAGUUGACAUCAUCAGAUCAGCAGCGCUUUGCCUCACUUGUGGGUCGCGACUGGAAACGAGUGGGAAGAGUUUUACAGAAGACCUGCCGGGCACUGAAAGGCCCUGCUAUCGAUAAUCUUGCAUAUGAGUAUGAAAGAGAAGGUCUUUAUGAACAGGCCUAUCAGCUACUGGGACGCUUCAUCCAGUCAGAAGGACGGAGUGCGAGGCUAGGGCGCCUAAUCAGUGCCCUGGAAGAAACCAAGCUGACUGGCAUGGCUGAGAUAAUGUUGGACAUUCAGUCUCAAGAAUAAGAGACCCGAGAGACUUGACUUUGGGUAGGGUGGAUGUGGGUUGGAAUAUCUGUCAGGGUUUUUUUUUUUUUUUUUUUUUUUUUAUAAAUAUAGAAAAACCUACAGGUUCUGCCAUCAAUAAUUUUGUCUGGUGUACCUAUCAGCUACAUCAUGUCUUGAUAAUGAGAGACACAAGUGUGUGUGUGGGUGUGUGCGUGCGUGCGUGUUUGGCUAGGUCUGGUACCUUGGGAUGUUUUUUUUUUUUUUUUUUUUUUUUUCAGAA